AUGGGCUCGGUGUGGGUAGGGGAACUUCCUGUUUCUGAGGGAAUGUGGGAAAAUUGCCCUUUGGGCUGGGUGAAGAAAAAAGCAAGUAGAACCCUGGGACCCCUGGACUUCCUCCUCCAGAGGAAGCGGCUUCGGUUAUGGGCCAGUGAGCCUGUGCGUCCCCAGCCCUAGGGCGUUCACUGCUUCGGAGAAGCAGGGCAACAGUUCUGCCAGAUGAGAGGAUCCAGGCUGACUGGAGGAAGGAAGGGCCUUAUCUCAUCUGGGCUCAGGUUUGGGAGAGAAGGCCUCUCAGAGGAGGUGCUGCCUCAGCCAGUCUUAAAGGCAAUGCAGUGUGCAGAGGGCACUCAGUUGUUCUCUCCUGAUGGCCCCGCCGGGUCUGGAGCCUCCAUCUGGCCAGCAGAGGGCGCAGAAGGACUGCUGCCUGGGCUGCUUGGACGUGACCGCCUGGAAGUGGUGUACAGAGUUCCUGACAACGUUCCCGGCCAAAACGAGUCCCGCGGCCCACUUGUGUGCAAGAUAGCAGGAAAAUCUGUGUGCUCCGAGGAGAAUGCAAAGGCUGGUGGAUGUACUGCCUUUCCUCUGCUGCUCUCUCCGCUGGGGGCAAGAAUGACAGGACGUGAACAUGCACACAAGGGCCCGGAACUCACGACCCCCCUCAGAGGCCCCCCUACUCCUGCGCUUGCAGGAUUUGGGGCACUAGCACAGCCCAGCCCACCCCUUGGGACCAGCACCCCCUCCGCAGUUCUGCUCUCUGCAGCAACAUAGAGUACAAAUAUUGUUCCUUUUGUUUCUUUUUUCCCUUUGGAUACAUUUUUAAUUACAAAAAUAGAGCCUGAUUGUCACCCAGACAGAUGUUUGCUUGCUUCUGGGCCCAUUGGGCCUCCUCUCAGAGCCUGGAACUCCCAGCCCCCAGCUCCUGGGGUGCCUUCCUCCAGGUGUGUCCCUGGCUCGGGCUGGGGGGAUGCAGUCCUGCUCCUGGGAUGUGCGGGUUUAAUAAGCUACUAGGUACCAUCCUUGAUCAAAUUCAGAGUGACAGACUUAGAGCAGGUCACCUCUCGCCUUCUAAUGAAGCCAAGACAGAGGAGUCCCCACAGCACUGGGUUUGACUCUGUAAUUAAGCUGGUAAAGUGGAAAAAUAAAAGUAGGAAACCUAAAUGGAAACCAAACCAGAAAGCCAGGCAGCUUGGGAGUUCCGAGCCUGCUUCCUUCCAGCUGUGCGGCCUCCGCGGCUGACGCGGAGUCUCUGCUGAUUUUCUCUAACACAGGAUGAUGGUAGCUACACCCUCUGAGGGGUGUCACCAGGGCCAAUUAGUCCUGAUGGUUGGAGUGUGGGUAUCCAGGCGCCACUAGGUCACUACCCACUCUGGCCCUUUGCUCCUAGUCUCUGGGGAGGUGGUGGCACAGGGGCAUGGAGCAGACUAGACUCUGCCUCUUUCUGCCCCCAGGCCAGUUGAUAUGAGCCCUGCUUGAUGGGUUCGCAAGGCCUGGGGAGCCUUCUUCAGCUUCUCUUUGUUUUCCUAAGAUGAAAAUUGUGACAUCUGUGCUUGUUGAAGGAAAUUUGUAAAUUGUGCGCAGAGAAGAAUAUGAAAUU